CAGGAAGGUGUGACAAAGCCUUGCAAGGACGGCGGAGAGAGGAGAACCGCGAGGGAGUUGGGGAAGGAGUCCUGGGCACUGCCUCUGGUCCCGCAGCAAGGCCACUUUAAUUUGCCUCACGUUCGAUCCCGGUGGACGAGCCAGAGAGCUGGGACGGUGACAGAACCCUCUUGGUUCAGGUGCUUCUUUUUUAAAAAGAGCAGAGAGGGAACAGAGUGAUGAAAGGACUUUAAAGUCUGGUUUGAAGUCACUAACAUUGGGCAGCUUUGUGCUGCUGUGUUUGUUUUGGGAGAAAAAUAAAGAAAUGGCUGCUGCAACCUUCAAUCCUGCCUCCAGGAUCCUUCCUGAGCCCGGGGUAGCACAUGGUCUGCUACAUUGGGGCAGAAGGUAAAAUGCAAAUAAAAACUGAAAGCUGUGAUUUAAAAACCUACUUGGACCUUUAUUAGAACAAACACAGUACAAAGACAAGAUGUAGAUUGUUUUAUCUUAUCAAUUUUAUUGUUUUUUGUAAAUAUACACUGAUAGACAUUUAAAACACAUUACAACAAAGUUGGCACAGGAGCAAUUAGGACUAGGAACAUUGUCUCUGGAUGUGUGGAUGAGUCGAGACAAAAAUGCAUCAAAAAUUCACCAGUUUAGAAUUAACAUUCCUUAGCCAAAGAUUGCAUGGAUUUUAGGUAUUUCGCCCUCCAUGGUGCAUAAUAUCAUCAUAAGAUUCAUGAAAUCCGGAAAAAUCUCUACAAGGCCAAACAGCACAACUGAAAGCCUGUGACCUUUGACCCCUCAGAUGCACUGCAUUAAAAAACGGCAUGUUUUUGUGAUGGAGAUCACCACAUGGGCUCAGGAAUACUUUGACAAACUGUUGUCAAUAAACACUGUCUCUGAAUCCACAAAUGCAGGUCAAGACUGUACUGUGCAUAGUUAAAGACAAAUUUCAACAACAUCCAGAAACGCCGCCAACUUCUCUGGUCUCGAGUUUACCUGAAAUAGACGGAUGCUCAGUUGAAACAUGUAUUGUGAUCUGACGAGUCAACCUUUCAGAUUGUUUAUGAAGAUAACGGACCUUGUCUUCUCCAGACUAAAGAAGAAAAGGAGCAUCCAGAUUGUUACCAGUCCUGUUGAAAGGAAAGGUUAUGUAACACAUCUCCUGGUAAGCAAGUGUUAAAGUGCCACUCAGUGGUUGCUAUUAAUAGCUCUGUACUGCAUUAAACAAGCAUCAAGCUCUGCUCCAGAACCACCAAUGCUUAGACUCCCUACCUCUUAAAACAUACGCUUGCGCUAAAAAGUCCCUGCUGACAUCCCACCCACAGCAUUUGAAUGAUGGUGUGCAUGAUCUUGUAGCACAUUCAGUGGCCGACUUUUACAGCUGCUGUGUGUUAAAGAGCGACGUGUGAGCUCUACAACGAGUCUCCUUGCUGCAGAGACGGUACUGAUCUCCUGCUGUCUGAACUGAGCUGAACCACAUCACUGUAUCACCUCUCCGAUUAAUACACACUGUACAAUAUAUCACAACUAUUACUGUAAUGCAACUCAGAGUUAGUUAUGUCUAUAUGUGCUUUUAGUUUACCUCAUACCACUCAGUACCUGCUGUCAUGUAAAUACAGCGAAUCUGUCUCAUAUGCCAUAUAAAUACGUAAAUAGAUCUACUUUUAUUUUAUGUCUCUUGUACUUUAACUUACGUCUAGAUUUAUUUCUAUUCUCUAUUUUUCUGCAUAGUAUAUGUGAGUUUAUGUGCAAUUGUAUGUCUUAAUACUGAAACACUGCAAUUUCCCGUCAGGAUCAAUAAAGUUCUGUCUAUCUCUAUCUAUCUCUUGUGUGACAAAAUAAACGAGUCACUCUUUAGUGUGAGAAGGUCAGCAAUAAAACUGAACAAGUGAUUCAGCAACAGCCAAUCAGAGAGCUAGGAGAGAGAGAGAGAAAAAGUGGAAGAGAGACAUGCAUGCCCAGACCACAAAGACAGAGGAGCAGCUUGCUGACUUAUAUGCAAAUUUCAUGCUCUUUUGUCCCAACUGGCUCUCGUCCCUGUGCCCAUACAUUUUCAACCCAGAACUACACACAUGAUACUGAAGAAUACACAGACACUCUGAACCAAAACUCCCCUCAGUGUAUUAGGUAAACUUUUACUAGAGGUUGUGCAAGAGUGGAAAUAACAAACUGUGUUUUUCAUAAAUAAAUACAAUCAGAUAAAUGCAGAAGCUGCAGCACCAGCUUUAGCCUUUUUCCUGAAGAACAGCAGGAAAAUAGAACUAACUGGUGACAGAAGCCAAGAAAGAUUCUGUAAACGUCAAGAGUGUCUUCACUACCAGUAAAAUGACGACUGUGCUCGUUCUGCUGGGUGUCCUCCUGCAUCUGACCUGCUUUUGUGAAGGUGGUUUGACUGAUAAGGGGCUGCUUUUCCCAAAACCAUCAGCCAAUUCCUACGUUAAGUUCAACCCCCUGAAAUCCCUGAGUUUAGAGGCCUUUACUCUGUGUAUGCGUCUGUCUGUGGAUCCAAAUGUAGUUUCCAAAGGGAACCGUGACACCAUCCUCUUCGCUUAUUGCACCAAAGAAGGUGAUGAGCUUAACGUGUGGCAGGAGAAGAGCAACAUCUCCUUAUACCUGAGAAGCAGCUCAGAGGGUGCUUUGUAUGCCGUCCCACCUCUCUCCAUCUUCCGCACAAACCUGUGUGUCACCUGGGAAUCCAGCACGGGUCUGACUGCAUUCUGGGUGGACGGCCGCCGCAGCACUCUGCAGGUGUACAGGCAAAACCACAAGGUCCAGCCUGGUGGUGCUGUUAUUCUGGGUCAGGAUCCGGACUCUCUCCUGGGUGGUUUUGAUGAAGACCAGAGUUUUGUAGGCGAGAUUUCAGACGUGAACAUGUGGGAUUAUGUGCUCACAGGCGGUCAGGUUAAGCAAUUCAAUGAGAAGUUAGGUUUGGGACCAGAACCGAAUGUUCUUAACUGGAACACUAUGCAGUAUGAAGUACAUGGGAAUGUCCUUGUAGUGCCAGAGAAGUAUAAAUGAUAUGUAAGACAACAAUCUCUGUAAUAAGGUCCUUGGGUGUUGUUGUUGUUGUUGUUGUUGUUGUUGUUGUUGUUGUUGUUGUUGUUGUUGUAGUAGUAGUAGUAGUAGUAGUAGUAGUAGUAGUAGUAGUAUGUUUUCUGCAAUUAUGCAUGUACCCGUGUAUAUAUACAUAUAUAAAAAUUAUGAUAAUUGCCUCACAUUUGAGCAAAGUUUUUGAUAUAAUCGCAAUAUUGUUAAUACAUGAAAAUUAACACUACCUAGAUAAACAAACUUGUAUUCCAGAUACAUUUUUAAAAAGCAGUACAAUGCUGGUAUUUAAACAUUUACUUUUCAAACAUCAAAUUAUUAUUAAAGAAUAAAAUUUGUCCAAAUAUUAAUGCUCACUCUGUGUAUAGUUCAUACUAUUUGCAGUUAAGACUGGACUACAUAAGCCCUGUUGUAUAGCAUUGUGAGCUGGAGAUGCUCCAACAUAAAAUAAGGCAUGAAACAUACCUGUACUUGUACUGUUCCAUCAUAACCCAAACCACAGGAUAUUCUAAUUAACUUUUCAUUUGUUUAAAUCAUAUAAUCUUAAAUAUAUCAGUACAUAAUGGUCUUCGGCUGCGAUGAACAGUGUGCUGGCUCAUGGCCUAGUCCAACACCAGUACCACGAUGUGUCCUAAAUUGCAGUCUAGUCUACUAUUUUGGUUGCAGUAGUGGUUGUUUUUUCAAGCAUUUGAUAUUUUGAUGGCUCUUUGAAGUCUAAGCUUGUUUGGACUCUUGCAUGUUACGUCGUUAUGCCAUUAGCUUUUAGGAGAUUCCUCAUGUGGUGCAAUGAUUUAUUAUUAUUAUUAUUAUUAUUAUUAUUAUUAUUAUUAUUAUUAUCUAUAAUUUAUUAAACAAUGAAUCAAUCAUU